CUUCUUCUGGUGGGUGGUGUUUGUUGAGAGGCGUUGCCGCACACCGACUACGUGCUAACGCUGCUCCACACAUAUCCGCCGCUCCUCGCAUAUUGUCAUACAUUGCGCAUUUAGCCCCUGCUAACAGCACAGUGAUCGUCAGAGCUAAGAGAUAUUACAAGAAAUAAAGACUUAGCAUGGCCAACUACAUCCACGUACCCGAAGAGGCUCCGGCGGUGCCCAGGAUAGACGUGACAGUGGACGAGAGCGACUACAGAUCCGGUGCGUUGAAGCUGAUCAAGGAGCUGAGACCGAACUGGAAGCCAUCCGAGGUCAAACUGAAGUUUUUCACAGACGGGAUAACGAAUAAGCUGCUGGGUUGCUACGUGGGUGCGGUAGUUCAAGAUGUGGUUCUGGUCCGUAUUUAUGGCAACAAAACAGAAUUGUUGGUUGACCGGGAAAAUGAAGUGAAAAGUUUCAGAGUACUACACGCAAACCGCUGUGCGCCGCACCUAUACUGCACCUUCAACAACGGCCUUUGCUAUGAAUUUCUCCAAGGAACUGCCCUGGAGCCUGAGCACAUUCGCAGCCAACCUGUCUUUAGUCUCAUUGCCAGGCAGCUGGCCAAGUACCAUGCCAUCCAUGCCCACAAUGGCUGGGUGCCCCAGUCUGACCUGUGGCUGAAGAUGGGCAAGUACUUUGCUCUCAUCCCCAAGUACUUCAAGGACCCUGAGCGAAAUGCCAGGUUGAGAAUGGAGGUGCCCAGCCCACGGUGCCUCCGAGAAGAGCUGGUGUGGCUCCAGCAGAGCUUGUCUGUGCUGGGCUCCCCCGUUGUUCUCUGCCACAACGACCUUCUCUGCAAAAACAUAAUCUAUAAUGCGGAGGCAGGCAAUGUAAAGUUCAUUGACUACGAGUACGCUGGGUACAAUUACCAAGCCUACGACAUUGGGAAUCAUUUCAAUGAGUUUGCCGGUCUGAACGAGGUGGAUUAUAGUCACUACCCUCAGCGGGCCUUUCAGCUGCAGUGGCUCCGCUCCUACCUGGAGGCCUAUAAGGAGCACAAGGGCCAAAGCAACGAAGUGACAGACGGAGAGGUGGAGAUCCUUUAUGUCCAAGUCAACCGAUUCUCCCUGGCAUCUCAUUUCUUCUGGGGUCUCUGGGCUCUGAUUCAGGCCAAGGUCUCCACCAUCGACUUUGACUUCUUGGGAUAUGCAGUCCUGCGCUUCAACCAGUACUUCAAGAUGAAACUGGAGGUGGCGGGGCUGAACUUACCGGAAUAAAAGCCCCCAACCCCUCAUCCCUUCUCUUCAUUUUGCUCUUCCUCCCUUCCAAUCUUCUCUGAGCCUCACAUGAAGAAUGCAGAGCGCCCUGUAGGUUGAUGUAGGGAAGAGCCAGACUGAGAGUCUGUCAUGCUCAGUGCCUACGGGUCCCCUCUCCAUGUCCUGAUCUCUAUAGAUUAAAGGGACCGAAAGCUUCUCCUUCCUCUGCUGUCACACCUUUGUUAAACCAGUAGCCCAGGUCAUUAGUAAUGUGGGCGAGUGUGAAGCAGAGACUCAAGACCUGCUAUAAUGUGAAACCCACAUUGCUGAAUUUUGUUUUGGUCCUUUUAAUUAUUCUAAUAUCAAUCUGAUAUUAACAUGAUAUCAGGGUAGUGUAUUUGUCAGCUGCUUUUCUUGAAGCUCAAAACGCUACGAAUAGGAUGAAGGAAGAAUGUCUCCUUAGUCGUAUCCAACUCAUAGUAACCGCCUACGGGACUGACAGGUGGCCCAAACACUAAGCUGAUUGCCUGGGGAUACCUUCAUAUGCGCAUUCAUGGAGAAAAAAACCUUGAGGGCCAGCCCAUCUAACGACCAAAUUUAUGACGAUAUGAAAGCAAUACAGAGCCUGCUUUGUUUGCUGCAGAUGAAAGAAAGAAAGAAUGAAAUGCUAACAUGGAAAGACCAGAUCUGUCCCUUAAGCCUAUGUGAGAUGAGCCAAAUCACACACAAAAAAAACAAAAAACUUGUGGCCAAGGCUUGUGACUCUUGUUUUCACCCCUAUUUUCUUCAGCAUACUGUUCAUGGGUGGUGCGCCCGAAAAGCUGUGUAGUCUUGUUUCUGUGUAGUUUGGUGAGGGCGUCACUGUUUUGGCUUUCUGGAUUCAAAGUAGAAACAUCCAGUUCGAGGAGAGCGUCUUGUGUUUACGUCGAACCUCACCCUUAGGUUAAAUAGUCACUGAACAUCAGUGAGCAGUCUUUUGACUUAAGGGAGAUUUUCACUGUAAUGUACAUUUGAUUUUUGUUUUGUUUUUUUCUUUUUAUUUCGUCUAAAUCUAAACUGGGGUGAAGCCGCAUCUCACUGUUAUUAGAACAUUCCAUGUUCAUAAAGCUAGAUUGGAAAUUUGGUUGUAGUUCACAUGGUAAGUUAGCUUUGUUUGGGACUUUAUUCACUGACUGUAAGAUGUGCUGUUCUAAACAAGACCAAACCAUUUUAUUGUCUGCUCCGUGUCAGGGAACGUUUAGGAAUCAUCUUUAAUAUUACAAAACAGUACUGUUCAGUCCUAAUGAAGAAAAUACUUUUCUAUAUACUUGUAGACCAGUUUUCACUUGCAUGUGUGUGUGAUUUGGCCCUGCCAACAGUGGCUCGCCAACAGUGGCUCAGCAAUCAGACAGAUUGCUGAGCCACUGUUGGCAAUCGUCAUGUUAAGCGCCCAAUGUUGAAGGUCUGUUGAAAAGGGGAGUUUUGGCGACAAAGAAAGUGGAGUAGGUUCGUUACCCACAUCUGUGUUUAGUUAAAAACGAUGUAAUGAAUGCCAGCUCUUACUGGGACCUGGGGAGCAAGAGCGCCAUCUGAUGGAGAAAGAAUGAUGGUAGCUGUCAGUAACUGUUCUUCAUGUUAAAUGCUUGUGUUUUUUUUAAAAUGCGUUUUAGGAGGUCCUUUAAAAAACUGAAACAAGUUCAUCUCUUGGUUACUUUAACAGGCCUACACCAAAGUGCUGACAUCUGUUUUGUGCUUGUACAUAAUGCACACUCUAUCAUUUUCCAUAUAGCACAAAGUUAAUUAGAGUUACAGUUAUAUAGACUUUUUAUACUUUAUACGAUAAAGGCUGAGGUCUUUGAGAGUGUGUGGAUGUUUGCUGAUGGAACAGCAGAUGUCUCCUGGACAAAUGUAGCAUAUUUUAAGAAAAUAAGUAAAAUUCUGUGAAACAAGUUUUCUUAUUCACUCCCAAAACAGUUUGCCCAGGAGCUCUCUGCUGUAAUUGGUUCGCAAAGCUCUGUGAAGAGGCCAUUACUGACGAGACUCGAUUGUCCAUGUGUCAUGUUCUCAAGAGUCUGCCAGCGUGCCUGUGAAAGUUAUUUUUUUUUUUUUUUUUUUUUUUUGUACAUGCAGUUUUGAAGUUUGAAGGUUAACCUUUUACUUCACUACUGUCUUUAAUUUAGUGUUGCUUGUUUAUCAUUCUGGUGAAUUAAGAUUGAAGAAUUAAUGAGUAGUUUGUGUCGGGCCUAAUAUGAAUUUGAAAAGGAUGUACAUUGGCUUCUUACAUAUGUGAAUAACUUCCAUUAAAGCGUAUUUGACCGUAAAAGAUUUUGAUAAGCAAGAGGUUUGACUUAUAUUUAAGUAACAUGUUAAGGACCUGCGAAAACAUUGUUUUCUAUCUGGUUUGUUCCCUACCAUGUCAGACUGCAUUUACACAUUAUACGCAUAAAUUUGACUGCCACAUAGUCAGGGUUUUCAAAACUGCUGAAAUAUUUCCUAUAUGCUCUAUUUCCUGAUAGGGACCUUCACUACUGUUUAACAUUGUACAAAUAAAGGCUCUUUAAUUUCAUUGGACACUUUAGCAUAUGUUUAUAUGUACAGUAAGCACAUGUAAUAAUAUCUUUGCUUGUUAUCAAAUGUGAAUGAAUGUAUAUAGGAGUUCUUUUAUUUUCUAAAAGUUGGAUUAAAGUGAAUAGUUGCCUGGGCUAAGAGUUAAAGUAAAAAAAAAAAAAAAAAAAAAUACAUUUUCAAUACUGAAAAAUAAAGUCUAU